AUGCCAGAUAACUCGGACACAAUCUCAGCAAGACGCACCACUCCAGUCUCAUCUAGCCUGUCGGUCUCUGAUGUUGGCAGCACUGGCCAAGCUAUCCCUGACGCAUCGCACCCCGGCAGUGGCUACUGGGAGGAGGACGCCCCCGCAGAUGACGCGACGACGACAUUGACAGGAGGUGCCGGUACUCUGACCUCUGCAGCUGUCGUCACAGCCGACAGUAGUGGCGGUGGUACUGAGAGCGACAGCAGGGGAACCACCACUAGCAGUGCUGCCAAUGCGACAGGCGAGGAGCAGCCCCUCACUGGUGGUGGCUCUGCCAGUACUGCCAACACUAAGCCACCAUUCUCCUACAGGAUGCUCAUUGCUAUGGCCAUAAUACAGUCACCGCACAGGAGACUGACGCUGUGGGAAAUCUUCACCUACCUCGUGAGCCGCUUCCCCUACUUCAGACGCAACAAGAAGAUCUGGCAGAACUCGAUACGCUGCUGCCUGUGGUCUGGCAAGUGCUUCGUCAAAGUGCGACGGGAGCGUGGCGACGCCAGUGGCAAGUACUGCAACUACUGGACGCUCGACCCGCAGUGUGGCGAGAUGUUCGAGAAUGGGAAAUUCUGCUGCCGGCACGUGAAGAGACCGACCUGCAGGGGUCUCGCGGUGGCGGUGCCCACGCAUCCGCACCUCGGCCGGCGCGAACACCGCCGCCGGCAACACCACACGCCCUACACGAGCCCGGCGGAAUACCGGCAGCUGCCGGAGACCGCGGGCGGCGCUGCCGUAGGCGGCCCCGAGACGCGACCGUCCUAUCCGCUCUGCACCAGCACGGCCACCUCGACCCCGGCCGGCUCGUCGGUUUCUGAGGUCGGCGGCACCGGACGGGCUGCCCUCGACUCGUCACACUCUGGCUCUGGCUGUGGCCGACGGGGCGGUGAGACCUGGACGUGGGACGAGACGAAACUGGCAGAAGCCACCACUGUUCCAACCUCUGCAUCUGGCCGCACCGCCGUCAGUGACGGCUAUGGAGGAACCGCCACAGGCAGUGCUACUGGUGGGGUGGAUGAAGAGCUGCUUUUCGGCGAUGCCGGCUCUGCCCGUACAGUCGACACCAAGCCGCCAAUCUGCUACGCGAAGCUCAUCGCUAUGGCCAUAGCGGAUUCACCGCAGAGGAGGGCGACUGUGACUGAGAUUUACGCCUACAUCGUGGGCCACUUCCCCUACUACGAGCGCAACAAGAAGGUCUGGCAAAAAUCGAUCCGCAACAUCCUGUCGCUCGGCAAGUACUUCGUCAAAGUGCCGCGGGAGGACGGCAACCGCAAAGACAAGUGCUGCUGCUUCUGGAUGCUCAACUGGAAAUACAAGGACAGGUUCGCGAGUGCCAACUUCCGCUGGAAACAGUCCACGAAGCGGCCACUCCGCGGGGGCCCGAAGGUGAUCACUGCAUCUUUAGCGCCCUGCAAGAAAACUGUCACCUCGCUGCACUGCGCCAGCACUGCCACCCCAACCUCCACAACCGUGUCAGUCUCCAGUGUUGGGAACCCUGGAAAGGACACCCCCAAUUCGUCCCACCCUCGCAGUGACCGCAGUUGGGACUUCUCGGCAUCAGACGCAACAUCAUCUGUGAGCGACACUCCAACUGCAACUGUGUCCGGUGGCAGAGACGACUGUACCAACAGUGGGGGAACCACCGUGUGCAGUGCUGCCGGCGGAGCAACCGAAGAGCAGCGCCGUGGCGAUGCCGGCUCAGCCAGUACUGCCAACACGAAGCCACCAUUCUGCUAUGUGAUGCUUGCUGCUAUGGCCAUAGCACAUUCACCACACAGGAGGGCGACGCAGUCGGAUAUCUGCGCCUACAUCGAGAACCGUUUCCCGUACUUCAAUCGCAAGAAGAAGGUCUGGCGCAGCUCGGUCCGGGCGUACCUGUCGCUCGGCAAGUACUUCGUCAAAGUGCCGCGGGAGGACGGUGAUCGCGGGGAGCACUACUGGACGCUCGACCCGCAGUACGAGGACGUGUUCAACUACGGCAGCUUCCGCGACUACCCGUGCGUGAAGCGGACGUUCUGCAGGCAGUGCGAGAAGCAGCCGUUUCUCGGGCCCUGGGAGCGGUGACACCUCUGAGAGAGCCCGACGGCACCGCCAGCGCCACCCGCCACCUCCAAAUCGCGCAGCGCAGCCCCACCGUGUCGGAGCACCUCGAGCUGCCGGCUGCUGCCGAGAGGUUGCAGUGCGGUCCCACGCCUCUCUCGACUGCCGUCACCGCCUGCCCGUACUGUGCCAGGUACGAGCACAGGUCUACUCAAAUUUCUGACGGGUACAACAGUGCUCCAUUUGAAGAAAGUAAUCAUGAUGUGCUGAUGGAGCAGGAGGAGAAAACACAGUUCAUCAGUUGUAGUCUUCGAACACAAGAAAUUGUGUCACAAGAGAAUAAUUCGUUCUGCAGUGCAGAUAGCGUGGGUGCGAUGGACCGGAACUUUUCUGUCUUGACCUGUAGUUCGUGCAUACAGAGCUUUACAUCAGAAUACAGCCUCAUAAUGCAUGUGUUCAUUCAUAUUGAUACUGUAGAACUACAAUCACAUGCUUAUACACUCCUGGAAAUUGAAAUAAGAACACCGUGAAUUCAUUGUCCCAGGAAGGGGAAACUUUAUUGACACAUUCCUGGGGUCAGAUACAUCACAUGAUCACACUGACAGACCCACAGGCACAUAGACACAGGCAACAGAGCAUGGACAAUGUCGGCACUAGUACAGUGUAUAUCCACCUUUCGCAGCAAUGCAGGCUGCUAUUCUCCCAUGGAGGCGAUCGUAGAGAUGCUGGAUGUAGUCCUGUGGAACGGCUUACCAUGCCAUUUCCACCUGGCGCCUUAGUUGGACCAGCGUUCGUGCUGGACGUGCAGACCGCGUGAGACGACGCUUCAUCCAGUCCCAAACAUGCUCAAUGGGGGACAGAUCCGGAGAUCUUGCUGGCCAGGGUAGUUGACUUACACCUUCUAGAGCACGUUGGGUGGCACGGGAUACAUGCGCACGUUCAUUGUCCUGUUGGAACAGCAAGUUCCCUUGUCAGUCUAGGAAUGGUAGAACGAUGGGUUCGAUGACGGUUUGGAUGUACCGUGCACUAUUCAGUGUCCCCUCGACGAUCACCAGUGGUGUACAGCCAGUGUAGGAGAUCGCUCCCCACACCAUGAUGCCGGAUGUUGGCCCUGUGUGCCUCGGUCGUAUGCAGUCCUGAUUGUGGCGCUCACCUGCACGGCGCCAAACACGCAUACGACCAUCAUUGGCACCAAGGCAGAAGCGACUCAUUGCUGA